AUGGCCAUGGAAUCUCCAGCUUCGGGUCCGACUUCAGAGGCUGCGGCUGCGGCUCCAAAGCCAGCUCCAAAGCCGCAGAAUCCUGCCCUGCGCAUGCUAGGGCUUCCAAGUAUUAAGCUGAAGCUUCCGUCAAGGAAUUGGAUGAUAUUCCUGACUGUGACCGGCUCGUUCAUCGGUGCUCUGGUAUACGACCGCCGUGAAAAGAAGAAGAUACAAGAGAAAUGGGCGAACAUGGUGGCUCACCUUGCCGAUGAGCCGCUACGGACCACCGAGGCGCGAAGGAAGGUCACGGUGUUUCUAUCCGCUCCCCCGGGAGACAGCUUGCGCAAUGCAAGGGACCAUUUCCGCGACUACGUUAAGCCUAUACUCGUCUCUGGAGCAUUGGACUACGAGGUCGUCGAGGGAAGACGAGAGGGAGAUCUCAGAGCCGCUAUUGCUAGCAGAAUUCGCAGAAAAAGAGAGCUGGCUGGUGAGUCAGGUCCAUUGCCUGAACCUGAUCUCCAAACAGCCGACUUUGAGACCAAACUUCGACAUAUAAGAGCGGCCACGGGUGUCCACGACGAACCGGAGACGAAAGGGGAUUUAGUUCUUGGUCGACAUGCAUGGAAAGAAUAUAUCAGAGGCAUCCAUGAGGGUUGGCUGGGGCCUUUGAUAGACCCUGCUUCUCUACAACCAGCGGUGGUAGAAGACAACACACCCAAGGAACCGCUACUAUCAGAUACACCAGACCAAACCUCGACAAAGGAACCACCAAAGGACGAAAAGGAAGAGGCGGAGAAACCAGCAGAGAAAACAAAGCCCAGUGGCCCUCCAGCCUCAUACCUUCUCCCCUCCGCAUAUCACACUCACCAAAUCUCCCCCAUUGCUCCCACUGAGUUCGACGGCUCAGCUCCCGUUGCAUUCCCUCAUAUACUUGGCUUCCUCAACACUCCCAUCCGCACGUACCGAUUCCUCAACCGUCGCCAUCUAGCUGAUAAAGUCGGAGAGCAAGUUGCUGCUGCUGUACUCGCUUCAUCUAUAAGACCUUACGCCGACAACACACAUAGCUCUGAGUCCGAUUUCUCCUCUAUAACCCAGAGCCAGCCUCAAAAUUCCACAUCUGAUGGAUCUAGCCCCUCGUCAGAUGCAAGCACAAGCGAGCAGCAGUUUGUUCUUCAAGAGGAGGAAAAGGAUUGGCACAAGUCAGCGUAUAAACAGCCCACUGACCCGGCUGAGAUCAGAGAGGAGCGUGAAUGGACCGAUCCCAUGACUCUUGAUCCACGAAUUUCCUCGAGGAUGCGUAGGUUUGUGCUCUCUCCUGAUGAACUCGCUCGAUCUCAGCGCAUUGCUGAGGGUAAGGAGUGGGUUAUUGGUCAGGAGAAGCCAGUUCAUGUUCCCGUCUGGAAAUCUCUCUGGGCUACAUACGGCUGGGGAGAGGAAGAGAAUGCAAGGAGCAAAGUCAUUAUUGGGAAUCUAGACGGCGAGGAUGGUGAGUAG